AUGGUGGCUUCUUCUUCCAUUGGAGGGAUCUAUACGUUGAGGAACUCCAAGUACACGAAACCGGCUCAAGAAUUGUUGGAAGAGUUUUGUAGUGUUGGAAGAGGACAUUUCAAGAAGAACAAACUUAGUGGUAGUGGUAGGAACAAUUCAAACCUUAACACUAGCAGUUGCGGCGGCGGAGGAUCGUCUUCGUCGGCCGGACCAGCCAAUGAUAAUAAUCCUCCUUUGUCUCCGGCUGAUCGGAUUGAACAUCAAAGAAGAAAGGUCAAGCUACUCUCUAUGCUUGAAGAGGUGGACCGACGUUACAACCACUACUGCGAACAAAUGCAGAUGGUAGUAAACUCAUUCGACCAAGUAAUGGGCUACGGCGCAGCGGUUCCGUACACAACAUUGGCCCAAAAGGCAAUGUCUAGGCAUUUCCGGUGUUUAAAAGACGCGGUUGCGGUUCAGCUGAAACGCAGCUGUGAACUUCUAGGGGAUAAAGAAGCCGCGGGGGCUACGUCCUCUGGGUUAACCAAAGGCGAAACACCGCGAUUGCGAUUGUUAGAGCAGAGUUUGCGUCAGCAACGUGCGUUUCAUCAUAUGGGUAUGAUGGAACAAGAGGCGUGGAGACCGCAACGUGGUUUGCCUGAACGCUCUGUUAAUAUCCUUAGAGCUUGGCUGUUCGAGCAUUUUCUUAAUCCGUAUCCAAGCGAUGCUGAUAAGCAUCUCUUAGCUCGACAGACUGGUUUAUCCAGAAAUCAGCACUAA